AGAGAUGGAAUUCAAGCAUUUUAGCCACAAUCAUGGCCUAGUUUUUCACCAGUUGCCACAAGGAACUGAAAUCCAUUCUUCCGGUUGCAAAACCACCGCGUCGGGCUCAGUUUACGCGUGUUGGCAGUGCCAUUACUUCCUCCACAAGCAAUGUUUUCAAGCGAUUCGAUCGAUGAGUCACCCUUCUCAUCAUCUACAUCCCUUAACUUUAGUACCUUAUCCAACAUAUCCCUCUAAUUCAUUUUUCUGCAAUUCUUGCAAUCUCGUAGUAAAUGCCUUCACUUAUUGUUGUUCUGAAUGUGACUUUGAUCUACAUGUCCCUUGUGCUUAUAAUCCAACAAACCCACCUGCUAAUUUCCCGAAUUUCGCAGUCAAAAAUCCUCAUACUGCACCAAAUUUGCCUCAAAGUAGCACCUAUCCCUCCUUUCAAAACAACCCUUAUCCGAAUAUUCCUCCUAAUCCGUCAGUCCCAAAUCUUCAAGCCCCCAUUCAAAACAAUUCUGUGCCAGUUUUUACCCCAAUUAAUCCAACAGUGCCAAACUUAAGUCCUCCAGUGAGUGUCGCCAACGUAAAUCCGACACCACCAGCUCCUCAGACCAGGAACAUUCAACAACCUCCGGCGAUGAAACCUCAAACGAAACCUCAAGUAAUAAAGCACUUCAGCCAUCCACAUAUUUUGCAGCCUAUUGAAAUUAAGGAGAAAAAUACUAAAGUUUGUUCUGCAUGUGAGUGUGACCUAUUCGGCUCGGCUUAUUGUUGCAUCGAGCCCUAUUGCAAUUUCAAUCUCCACAAGGUGUGCUUCGAAUCUCCCUUAGAGGUUCGACAUAAAUCCCACCUCGAC